GCUGCCUGCUCCCCUAAAGAUUAGCUGUCUCAGAAACCCCACGGAGGGCUGCCAUGGGUCAGACUCAACACGACAAGCAGGGAGCAUUAAGCGAGACAUGACCUUCACUUUUCAAUCGGAAGACUUAAAACGUGACUCUAGUAAAAGAAUGUCUCACCAGCACGUGUUCCCCUUGGCCAUGGAGGAAGACGGAAGAACAGCAGAUGCCAAACCACCCCACCGAGCCCUUGACCAUGACAAAGAAAGCACGCGCUCCGUCUGCCUGCUCGAGCAGAAGCGCAAAGUUGUUUCUUCCAGUAUUGACGUCCCGCCGGCCAGGAAAUCUUCCGAAGAACUGGACAUGGACAAGGUGACGGCAGCAAUGGUAUUGACCAGCUUGUCAACCAGCCCUUUGGUACGAAGUCCCCCUGUGCGACCAAAUGAUGGCCUGGGCGGCUCCUGGAAGGAAGCGGUGGGCGUGCCCUCCAGCACGAGCAGCAGCGGCUACUGGAGCUGGAGCGCCCCCAGCGACCAGUCCAACCCGUCCACCCCCUCGCCGCCGCUCUCGGCCGACAGCUGCAAGCCCGGCCGCCCGCAGGCGCCGCCGCUGCCCGACGACGGCAUCGACGAGGCCGAGGCCAGCAACCUGCUCUUCGACGAGCCCAUUCCCAGGAAGAGAAAGAACUCCAUGAAAGUGAUGUUCAAAUGCCUCUGGAAAAACUGCGGGAAGGUUCUGAGCACGGCAGCAGGCAUCCAGAAACACAUCCGGACCAUUCAUCUUGGGCGUGUUGGGGACUCUGACUACAGCGAUGGAGAAGAGGACUUUUACUACACGGAGAUCAAGCUCAACACCGACUCGGUGGCGGAUGGACUGGGCAGCCUGGCCCCAGUGUCCCCCUCCCAGUCCAUGGCUUCGCCUUCUCCUUUCCCCAUCCCCGAGUCAAGCCGAGCGGAAAUUUGUGCCAAAACCGAGACAAAACUGAUGACGCCCCUGAGCCGCUCUGCUCCCACCACCCUCUACCUCGUGCACGCGGACCAUGCUUACCAGGCCACCCCCCCAGUGACCAUUCCAGGAUCAGCAAAGUUCACCCCCAAUGGGAGCAGCUUCAGCAUUUCCUGGCAGUCUCCUCCUGUUACCUUCACAGGCAUUCCCGUCUCCCCAACGCAUAACCAUCUGAUGGGCGCAGGAGAGCAGAGACCACAGCACACGCACACCGUCCUGUCCUCCCCACCCAGAGGCACCGUCAGCCUGAGAAAGCCCAGGGGAGAGGGCAAAAAGUGCCGGAAGGUGUAUGGCAUGGAGAACCGAGACAUGUGGUGCACCGCCUGCCGCUGGAAGAAGGCCUGCCAGAGGUUCACUGAUUGACAGACGCCACCCACCCGGCCUGGGGGCCGCUGCGCACAGACCCAGCCGCCAUGCCCUCUCCUUCCAAGGCAGGUUUUCAACAGCGCUUUUCCUCCCUUACAAAAUGCGCUCCAAGCCCAGGAAAUGCACCUCCACUGAACUUGGUGGAAUUACAGCAAAAAAAAGACAAAAACCCUGAAGUCACCACUCUCAUUCUUCUGAUGGAGAUACCAACCUAGACCCGCCGACAGCCAAGCUUUUUCUUGCUGUACAUCUAGGUCUGAAAACUGUAAACUUCUGCAGCAAUUGAACAAACAGAGCCUUGGUGUGUGUUUGUUUUUUCACCUACUGAGGAGGGGAGUUUUGAUAAGCUUUCUGAAUAAUGCCGCUCCUGGCAAUUUUUUGACAUUAAAAAAAAAAAGACCAAAAAAAAAAAAACCACCUAAGCGAGACGGUACUCGGUAACAUUUGUACAAAGGACGAUGCCUACUUUGCUUGUGAAUAGUUGCUGUCCUGUUUUCCAUUUGAAUUUCUGGAACCGUUCUCAUCACGAUGGGUUACAGGACCACGCAGCACCCUGGGUUUCCAGAACUACAGGCCCAAAACUGAACCAUGGGAAGACUGUCAGCCUGGGGGCCCAGAAUGGCAUGGGUUCAAACGGAGCUGAGCGACGGGAAUCACCAGCAGACUUCAGCCUCAAGCCGAGCUCAGAAAGGCAGCCGUCACGAUUGAGAAACAUCUCGGUGUGGUGUCCCCAAGAGGCAGCCCGGCAGACUGCCUGCCGCCGCUUAGUCAAGGGCUGGGUAAGCCUUGCUGCUUUCUUUCAGGGAUGUGAUGCAGACCGGAGCUCCGACCUGUUCGCCACCGCUUGUCAAGUGGUUGCCAGGUGAAUAGUCAAAAGUCCACCACUGGCUGACUUCAGAAAGGGUCAAGAACUCCAAAUGAUUCCAGCAAGUUGCCACUAAACAGCAGAGCCCAGGCUCCAUCCCUGUCCCCAGCUAUGUGGAGAGUCACGUGAGGUCAACAAACCAGCUUCCCUUCGGAGUGCACUUUGUAUAGGUUUUAUGCUUUAGCGUGUCUGGGAGAUGGGUCGAUGGACCAUAGAAACAUAUGGGUAAAGGGUUGAUCCAACCUUUAUUUUCUUAUGAAAUAUGGGAACUAUUUAUUGUGAAUUAGCUCAGAUGGGAUAUUCACAGAACACCAAAAGAAAAAUGCUUGCUGGUACAGGAGUCUCUCGAUUUAGUUAAGGCCAGAGUUUGCAUCAGGUCCCCUUUUCUAACCUUUGUAAGCUUAGCGUGGUUGGUUGGCUGGCUGGUUGGUUUGGUUGGUUGGUUUUAAGCAACAGUGAGGAGGAGAUAGGACAGUAUUAGGUGAGCCCUAUAAAUAAGCGCAUUCUCUACUCUUCAUUACCCUGCUAGAGAGAUUCCUCCUGUACCUAUGCAAAGCAGUAAGAGCACCUUAUAGGACGCACUGUGUAGGAAUUGGGGACAUAGGAUCAGACAUAGGAAUGUUAAAUGAACUUGCACAGAGCAAAGUUUAAUAUAUGUUUAAGAUUGCACAUACAUUUUUUUAAGAGUGGAGAGAAAUCAUCUAAUAACAUAUGUCCUUUUUUAAGAUGAGGUUCUAUAGUGUAACAUCCACCGUUUGUACAUUCAUAUCUGUUGGCAGUCUUUUUUUAAACUCUCACGACUUUUUACUGUUCCUUGAUAAAGAUCCUAUUUUCUUUCUCCAUUUAUUUUUCUAAACCAUUUAUUUCUAGAGACCAGAAAAAGAGCUUCAUCUUAUUUCACAUCAUGAUUACCAAUCAGUGGCCACAGCACCAGCUCUACUACAUGUUUUAGUAUUUACAAGGUCAGCCACAAAAGGGCAUUUUAAAAUGCAGAAAGGAGGGACCCACCGGGUGCCUUCCUCUGCCCUUUCUCAUCCGUUAGUGUCCUGUCAUCUCAUUGUAAACACCCGCUCCUGACCUGAGCUAUGGGGUGAUGGCCUAAUGGCCACCUGCUUGAGCUAGUUCACCAGAUACUUCCAUGGUAGACAAGGUGUGAGCCUAGAGAAGAGGUUUACCUUCUUGGAAUAAGUCACUUAACAAGAUUUCAAAGUGAUGAGGGCCAAAUCCUUACCACCUUCACAUAACUGUGCCACACAGGCGGGAGAGCUCUUUGGUGUGGGUCAGUCCUAGGAGCAAAGCUGCAUGGAUAGUUCUCCCAAGCUAUAUUUCCUAAAUACUUUUGAGCUCAGUCCUAGAUGAUUCGAGUUCAGCCCUGCCCUGGUUUCUAGCACAUGCACAGGUGUAAGCAAAAGCAUAAAGCAUUUUCUGUGAUGUGUUCCCCUUAAAGCCUUUGUCAUACAUUCCCCCUUCUGCAUCUCUGCCUGCACCAGCUCUCUCUUGCUAGCCAGGCAGGUACAGCCUAGGGCUCUAUAUAUACGCUGCUUCCUGUUUCUCGCGUGCAGACAGAGGCUGACUUCCAGCACCCCCCUGCACCCAUAGACAUCCAUGCACAAUACCAAGGCUUGUAAGCACUAGGGGACCACCACGCCUGGCCUGGCUGACCUCUUCAAAGCAACCAGAAAGCUAUGAAUUGCAAUACCCAGUUGCUGGUUGUAAAAACUAAAUUUUAAAAAAAUUAAGCAGCAUUAGUUUGUUAUAUCUGGGAACAACAUGAAGUGCCAAAUUAAGUCAGAUGUCUACUUUAUGCCAUCUCAGUGGACCAAGUUCUUUUUAGAUCUUCAAUGGGUGGGGUAGCAAGGGAGGUCUCCCUACAAGCUAUGGUCUCUGAGGUCUGUUGGCACAGACGACGUGGUCCUGCAAUGGAUUUGGUUCUGGUCCCCAAAGGCUUCUCCAUCAGGCGUGGGAUAGCUUUCUGGUUAUUUGUUUUGAGGGUUUGUAUUUUUCUCUCCUUGGAUAGCCUGUCCCAUCAGAGAAGGUUCCUCCUCUCUCUCCAAAGAAGGCAUUUUCUACCAGCAAGGCAUUCUCCAGAUACCUGCAACUUUUUCACAAUGGACUGUUCAGCCGGCAGUGGUGGUAAGCACGAGUCCUUCCCAGAGAACACUGCGCCUACUUGAGUGGAGCCGGGCAAGAGUGGCAGCAUGAAGAGAAUAUUCAGGGAGCAAAGCAGUCCAGAGGCCAGCGAGCUAGAUGAGAGGCUCAAGGUGCCCGGCUUCUGCUCAUCCCCUUGGUGCUGGCUAACCAGAGGCUCUGGGAACAGCUGCCUGAAACAAGAAGAGCGCCACCUACAGGAAGCAGCUGUGGCCAGGCCGCCCGUCUGCCCAUGCAACACCUCUAGUGGACACAGGCUUCUCCACCUGUCCCCCAUGGCUGCAGACCUUCCACCCUUGGAUGGCAGCAACCACUGUCAGAAGCGGGGAGUGGGAUCCUGACCAGGACCGGAAGUGCCCAGCUGUGAAGUGCCUGCCAGCAGCUCCGGGAGACGCCCAGGGUGCCCCCUUUAUAAGCGAAUUCCACGUCCCGUCGUGUCCACGUGGCCAAUGACAACUUUCUAUGGAGAAUGGUGCAUGUUGCAGUUCUUGGGCUUUCCCCAUCGUUUUCAAAGAAGUCGUCCCAUAGCUGAUGCAAAAAAGACCUCUGUCGUUGACGUGGUCUCUGUCCAGGGUCAAGCUCGAGAGAACUUCAGUCCGCCCGCCCUCUAGGCCGUCCACUGUGGAAAGCUGCCCCCGGUUCUCAGUAGGUCGGUUCUGCUGAAUCCACUGACCCCCAGCCCGUCCCAGCCCUCCUGCAUCAGACUGUAUUGCAAACUGAAAGCACAGCAGCACUCCCUCAAAGGCGACAUGGAUUGUAGAUGGAGUAGAGAAUGCCUUGAGAAAAGUAGCAAAAUACUGGAAAUGGUCAUUUCCUCAGGGAAAAGAAAAUCCAAGGGUUUGUGAAAAAUGGGUCUGGAGGGUCCUAAAACAAAGAUGAAUUUGAUCUUUAGUCUUUUCUAGUCAGCAAUUUUCCUAAAUGCACCCGAUGUACUUUCGAGACAGAUUUCCAUGAAACGGACCACAGCCACUCCCCCGGGCCACGGGGGUACCCUGUGCACGGAGCCGAUUCUCUGUAGCAAUUGAUCUGAGGUCCAAGGCGGAGAUUUGAGCCACAGCCACAGCCCCUGGUGGGUCGUUCGUGGACUCCACGAAGGCUUUGUUCCCCAUGUAGUUGUGAGAACAAAGGCUCGCCCACAACCUUCCUCAACCACACAGAGGGCCGUCUGGUAGCUGCAAGCAGAGCGCUGUGGGCAAAAGCUGUUACAAUGGUGACCUGGGCUUCCAUCGCCGGUCACAGAGCAAGCUCCCGUGGACUCUGGGGGACAGGUGCUUUGUUUUCUUCUUGCAAUGCUGGGAGCUCGCAAUGCUGGGAGCUCUCAGCCACGUGUGCCGUAGCACUGACCUGGUGGUGGCAGAGGAGCAUGGGGCAUGCCGCUGCGUGGAGACCACGGAUUCACGAGUGCAGGCGAGGGUGCCAGCCAGAGGGGACACCUGGAAAGGGCCUCUCUGUAAGAAAGUAACACUAGCAGUGGCAUACACUCCCCCUGCCCCCCAAGUUCCUCUCAUCUGGGGACUUUACGGGAGAAUCAUGCAUCUUUCAGCGUUGCAACUAGCCAAAAGCCUAAAUCGGCGUGUGAGAUCGACACUUUUCGUACCAAUGGUGUCCCUAAGUAACGUGCACCAGCAGGGCAUGAAAGGAGAAAAUCUGUUGGCGACGGACCGGUUUGCUGCUUGUGACUCUGGCGGAGCCCCUGUCCAAGGCUAUGUACACACCUGCUUGACAAGAUGCAUCUGUCACAGGACCCGCACUCAAAAAUGGGGGUUUUACUUCUGGUCUUGCUCUGUAAAUAGUUCCCUGUUUGGAAGACAA